AUGGAUUCAUGUAUACAGUACCCACCUCGUUUGGUUGUCCCGCACGUUGGAUUGAUUCUGCUCACGGCAACGUAUACUCUGAUUGGUGCUGCCAUAUUUCACAGGAUCGAAUUACCUCACGAACGUCAGGUGAAGCAGAAAAGCCUGAGUGAAAUAGAAGACACUAGGAACGACUUUGCAAGGAACAUCCGAGGGCUGCUGCGGAAGUACGACGUCGCUGACCACGAAAAAUUGGACCAAGUCAUUUCCGAGUCGAUCAGGAACAUAACUGAAAUACUGUACUUUUCAUUCGACAAACAUUUCUUGACUGCGAAAGAAAUCAUGGAGAACAGAACCAUCGACGCCUGGAAUUUUCAGACGGCGGUGUUCUUCGCCGUCACCGUAGUUACCACUAUCGGCUUUGGAAAUCCGGCUCCAGUGACGCAGGCGGGUCGCAUCGUCUGUCUUGGGUUCGCGUUAUUUGGCAUACCUUUGACGUUAGUUACAAUUGCGGAUAUUGGAAAAUUUUUCAGCGAAUACCUGGUGUGGCAGUACAAAAUAUUUCUGGAAGUGAAGCUUAGACUCAAGAAGCAUUUUCGAGACAAAACUCAACAGACAUGCAAGGAAGAAAAGUUCUUGGUCUGCGAGCACUGCAAGGAGAUUGUCCAAGAAGGGACGGAGGAGAAGACGGUUCCGGCGUCGCUCGUCUUCGCCAUUUUGGUCGGAUACACGGCGUUGGGCGGAUUCUUCUUCAGCAGCAUGGAACUGUGGAGUUACUUCGAGUCUUUCUACUUUUCGUUCAUCACCGUGACCACGAUCGGCUUUGGCGACCUCGUGCCCAAAAAGGAGGACAAUAUGGCAGUGACUCUUUUGUACAUCAUCCUCGGACUGGUCAUCACGACGAUGUGCAUCGACUUGGUGGGGGUCGAGUACAUCCGCAAGAUUCACUACUUCGGCCGGAAAAUCCAAGACGCCCGAAGCGUGCUGGCCAUCGUCGGUGGUAAAGUCGUGUACGUCAGCGAGUGGUACACCCAACUGAUAUCCCGUUGCCGGCAGCUAUGCAACGGGGCGCGGGACUCGCUGAUCUUCGGACACGUGUACACGACCAAUCACCUGAUCCCGUUCAUCCCCCGUGAUAUCAGAAGGAUACGGUACAUCGACAAGAGCACGGAGACUCUGUCCAGCAGCGGGACGUCGUUCGGCCUAGCUACAUGUAAAUACUGUCACAGUCGCAUCUACGCUACCUCAGAUCAGAAGAUCAAGUAUAGGCGCUCUACGAAACUGAACAUACCUCAUGCAGAUUACGUGUAG